ACGAACUGGACCGUACUGGGCUGGACUGGACCGUACUGAGCAGUAUUGGACUGUACUGGACUGUACUGGAUCAUACUGGGUUAGGCUGAGCUGGGCCGUACUGGGCUGUACCAUACGGAGCUCUACCGGACCAUACUGAACAGCGGUGAGGCGUAACUGAGCCCUGUCCCCUGUGCGGUGCCCUCUGCUGUGCCACCCGUGCCAUGGUGGCAGGGAUGCUGAUGCCGCUGGAGCGGCUCCGCUCCAUCCUGGAGCUGCUGUUCCGCGAGGGCGUUCUGGUGGGAGAGCGGGACGGGUGCCCCCGGCGCACCCACCCGCAGCUGCCCGGCGUGGCCAAUGUGGAGGUUCGGCGCGCCAUGGCCUCGCUGCACUCCCGCGGCCUCGUGCGCCAAACGGCUGCCUGGCGACACCUCUACUGGUACCUGACCGACGCUGGCAUCGCCCACCUGCGCCAGUACCUGCGCCUGCCGCCCGACGUUGUCCCGCGCUCCCUGCAGCGCAUCCCACGCCCCGCCGCCCCACGCCCCGACACCCGCCGUGCAACCACCAGCACUGGCACUGGCACCCACCGGGCACGUCCCACCGGCAGCGACCGGCUCUACCGCAGGAAGGAUGAGGGCGAGCAGCACGUGGAGCCCGUCACUGUUGCUGCAGGGCAGGGGGUGUCCCAGCUGUCCCUGCAGCCCAACCUGGCCGCAGAUGAGCGAGAUCGUGUCCAGAAGAAAACUUUCACCAAAUGGGUCAACAAGCACCUCAUCAAGGCGCAGCGCCACGUCAACGACCUGUACGAGGACCUGCGGGAUGGGCACAACCUCAUCUCGCUGCUGGAGGUGCUCUCGGGGGACACGCUGCCCCGGGAGAAAGGCCGGAUGCGCUUCCACAAGCUGCAGAACGUCCAGAUUGCCCUCAACUACCUGAAGCAUCGGCAGGUGAAGCUGGUGAACAUCCGGAACGAUGACAUCGCUGAUGGCAACCCCAAGCUUACGCUGGGGCUCAUCUGGACCAUCAUCCUCCACUUCCAGAUCUCAGACAUCCAGGUGACAGGGCAGUCUGAGGACAUGACGGCCAAGGAGAAGCUGCUGCUGUGGUCACAGCGGAUGGUGGAGGAUUACCAGGGCCUUCGCUGCGACAAUUUCACCACCAGCUGGCGGGACGGGCGCCUCUUCAACGCCAUCAUCCACCGGCACAGGCCGAUGCUGAUCGACAUGAGCCGGGUGUAUCGUCAGAGCAACCUGGAGAACCUGGACCAGGCCUUCACCGUGGCCGAGCGGGACCUGGGUGUGACGCGGCUGCUGGACCCCGAAGAUGUGGAUGUGGCGCAGCCAGACGAGAAGUCCAUCAUCACUUAUGUGUCCUCACUGUAUGAUGCCAUGCCACGCGUGCCUGAGGUGCAGGACGGCGUCAAGGCCAACGAGCUGCAGCUGCGCUGGCAGGAGUACUACGAGGUGGUGACAGGACUGCUGCAGUGGAGCCGGCAGCACUCGACGCUCUUCGAGGAGCGUCGCCUCCCCGCCAGCUACGAGGAGAUUGAGAUCCUCUGGCGCCAGUUCCUCAAGUUCAAGGAGACGGAGCUGCCGGCCCGGGAGGCCGACAAGAACCGCUCCAAGGCCAUCUUCCAGGCACUGGAGGGUGCGGUGCAGUCGGGGCAGCUGAAGGUGCCCCCCGGGUACCACCCGCUGGACGUGGAGAAGGAGUGGGGGAGGCUGCACGUGGCUGUGCUGGAGCGGGAGAAGCUGCUGCGGGCAGAGUUCGAGAGGCUGGAGCGGCUGCAGCGUGUGGUCACCAAGCUGCAGAUGGAGUCGGGGAUCUGCGAGGAGCAGCUGAACCAGGCAGACGCUCUGCUGCAGGCGGACGUGCGGCUGCUGGCAGCAGGGAAGGCACCACAGAAGGCGGCUGAGGUGGAGCGGGACCUGGACAAGGCGGAUGCCAUGAUCCGGCUGCUCUUCAAUGAUGUCCAGAGCCUCAAGGACGGGCGGCACCCGCAGGGCGAGCAGAUGUACCGCCGGGUGUACCGGCUGCACGAGCGCCUGGUGUCCAUCCGCACCGAGUACAACCUGCGGCUCAAGUCGGGGGCCCCGGUGACGGCGGUGACGACUGUGCCUGUGGCGUCGGGGCAGCGGCGGCCAGAGCCGGACGAGGCGCCACUGCGGUACCUGCAGGACCUGCUGGCCUGGGUGGAGGAGAACCAGCGGCGCGUGGCCACGGCUGAGUGGGGCGCGGACCUGCCCACUGUGGAGACCCACCUGGGCGCCCACCGUGGGCUGCACCGCGCCAUCGAGGAGUUCCGCGCCAAGGUGGAGCGGGCGCGGGCUGACGAGACCCAGCUGUCCCCUGGCCCCCGCGGUGCCUACAGGGAGUGCCUGGGCAAGCUGGAGCUGCAGUACGCCAAGCUGCUGAACUCCUCCAAGUCACGGCUGCGGCACCUGGAGAGCCUCCACGGCUUUGUGAGCGCUGCCACCAAGGAGCUGCUGUGGCUGAGUGAGCGUGAGGAGGAGGAGGUGGCCUUUGACUGGAGCCACCACAACCCUGCCAUGGCUGCCAAGAAGGAGAGUUACUCGGCGCUGAUGAGGGAACUGGAGCUGCGGGAGCGUCGGAUCCAGGAGCUGCGGAGCUCAGGGGAGCGGCUGCUGCGUGAGGAGCACCCCGGGGCACAGACACUGGAGGCAUUCCUGGCAGCUCUGCAGACCCAGUGGAGCUGGAUGCUCCAGCUCUGCUGCUGCAUCGAGACCCACCUGAAGGAAAACACCAACUACUUCCAGUUCUUCAGCGAGGUGCGAGAGACCGAGGAGCUGCUGCGCAAGACGGAGGAGACGAUGCGGCGCAAGUUCAGCUGCGACCGCGGCACCACGGCCACACGCCUCGAGGACCUGCUGCAGGACCUCGCGGAGCAAAAGGAGCAGCUGGCAGAGUUGGGGACCCAACUAGGGGGUCUCGCCCGCCGUGCCAGGACCAUUGUGCAGCUGAAGCCGCGGAGCCCUGGGACGCCCCUGCAGGGCCGCCCCCCCAUCCAGGCCGUCUGUGACUACAAACAAAUGGAGGUGACGGUGCACAAGAACGACAUGUGUGCCCUGCUGAACCACGCGCAGCCGCAGCAGUGGCGGGUGCUGAGCGCCGGUGGCAGCGAGGCCGUCGUGCCCUCGGUCUGCUUCCUCCUGCCACCGCCCAACAAGGAGGCUCUGGAUGCCGUGCACAGGCUGGAGACCACCCACCAGCAGCUACUGGGGCUGUGGCAGCAGCUGUACCAGGACCUGCGCAGCCUCCGCGCCUGGCAGUACCUGACCCGGGACAUCCAGCAGAUCCAGUCCUGGACACACAUCACGUUCCGCACGCUGCCGGCAGAGGAGGUGCGGCAGGUCCUGCGCAGCCUGGAGAGCCACUACCAGGAGUUCCUGCGGGACAGCCAAGACGCCCAGAGCUUCCAGCCUGAUGACCGGCUGCAAGUGGAGCGUGACUACAACGCCUGCACCCACAAAUACGAGCUGCUGCUGCGUAGCCAGGAGAAAGGAGAGCAGGAUGAGUCUCUGUGCAAGAGCUACAUCUCGCAGCUGAAGGACAUCCGGCUGCAGCUGGAGAGCUGUGAGAGCCGCACCGUGCACCGUCUGCGCCUGCCCCUGGACACCGACCCACUGCGCGAGUGUGCCCAGCGCCAGGCCGAGCAGCAGCAAACCCACCUGGAGCUGGAGGGCAUCCAGAAGAACCUGGCCAAGGUCAGUGAGAAGACGGAGCAGGUGCUGGCGCAGCCAGAACAGGCGGGCUCAGCCCCUGUCCUGCGCUCCGAGCUGGAGGUCACCCUGCGGAAGAUGGAGCAGGUGUACAGCCUCUCCAGCAUCUACCUGGAGAAGCUGAAGACCAUCGGGCUGGUGAUCCGGAGCACGCAGGGGGCUGAGGAGCUGCUCCGCAAGUACGAGGAGCAGCUGAAGGACGUGCAGGCAGUGCCAGCUGACCUGGCUGAGCUGGAGGCCAGCAAGGCUGAGCUGAAGCGGCUGCGAGCACAGGCCGAGGGGCACCAGCCCUUCUUCAGCACCCUGGAAACUGACCUUGGCAAGGCCAAGGAUGUCAACGAGCGGAUGGUCCGCGGCCACAGCGAGAGGGACGUGGACCUGGAGCGGUACCGGGAGCGGGUGCAGCAGCUGCUGGAGCGCUGGCAGGCCGUGCUGGGCCAGGCUGACCUGCGCCAGCGUGAGCUGGACCAGCUGGGCCGCCAGCUGCGCUACUACCGGCAGAGCUGCGAUGCCCUGCGCCAGUGGAUCUGCGACGCCCGGCAGCGCCAGGAGGCCAUCCAGGCCGUGCCCAUCACCGACACCCAGGCCGUGCGCGAGCAGCUCCUGAAGGAGAAGAAACUGCUGGAGGAAUGUGAGCAGCACAAGGAGAAGGUGGAGGAGUGCCAGCGUUACGCCAAGCAGUACAUCGAUGCCAUCAAGGACUAUGAGCUGCAGCUAGUGAGCUUCAAGGCGCAGGUGGAGCCAAUGGCUUCGCCAGCCAAGAAGCCCAAAGUGCAGUCGGCGUCUGACAGCAUCAUCCAGGAGUAUGUGGACCUGCGGACGCAAUACAGUGAGCUGACCACACUCACCACCCAGUACAUCAAGUUCAUCACCGAGACACUCCGGCGGCUGGAAGAGGAGGAGAAAGCCGCCGAGAAGCUGAAGGAGGAGGAGAGGAAGCGGCUGGCGGAGGUGGAGGCGCAGCUGGAGAAGCAGCGGCAGCUGGCCGAGGCCCACGCCAAAGCCAAGGCCCAGGCGGAGGCGGAGGCACAGGAGCUGCAGCUCCGCAUGCAGGAGGAGGUCACCCGGCGGGAGGUGGUGGCCGUGGAUGCUGAGCAGCAGAAGCAGAAUAUCCAACAGGAGCUGAUGCAGCUGCGGCAAAACUCAGACCACCAGAUCAAGUCUAAGGUGAAGCUGAUUGAGGAGGCUGAGUACAACCGCAAGAAGGUCGAGGAGGAGAUCCGCCUCAUCCGCCUGCAGCUGGAGAGCACUGAGAGACAGCGGGAGAGUGCUGAGACGGAGCUGCAGGAGCUGCGGGCACGCGCCGAGGAGGCUGAGCGGCAGAAGCGACAGGCGCAGGAGGAGGCCGAGCGCCUGCGCCGCCAGGUGAAGGAGGAGAGUCAGAAGAAGCGGGAGGCAGAAGAGGAGCUGAAGCGCAAGGUGCAGGCCGAGCGUGAGGCGGCGCGGGAGAAGCAGAAGGCGGUGGCGGACCUGGAGCCUCGGCUGCAGGCGGAGGAGGCCGAGCGGCGCAUGCGGCAGGCGGAGGCCGAGAAGGAGCGGCAGAUCCAGGUGGCCCAGGAGGUGGCCCAGCGCAGCGCCGAGGCCGAGCUGCAGAGCAAGCGGCUCUCCUUUGCUGAGAAGACGGCGCAGCUGGAGCUGUCGCUGCAGCAGGAGCACGAUGCGGUGGCCCAACUGCAGGAGGAGGCCGAGCGGCUGAAGAGGCAGCAGCUGGAGGCUGAGCGCUCGCGGGAGGAGGCUGAGAAGGAGCUGGAGCAUUGGCGGCAGAAGGCCAACGAGGCACUGCGCCUGCGGCUGCAGGCCGAGGAGGUGGCCCACAAGAAGUCGCUGGCGCAGGAAGAGGCUGAGAAGCAGAAGGAGGACGCGGAGCGCGAGGCCCGCAAGCGCGCCAAGGCGGAGGAGGCGGCCCUGCGGCAGAAGGAGCUGGCGGAGGAGGAACUGGAGAAGCAGCGGGAGCUGGCGGAGGGCACGGCCCAGCAGAAGCUGGCGGCGGAGCAGGAGCUGAUCCGACUGAAGGCAGAGAUGGAGAAUGGGGAACAGCAGCGCCUGCUCCUGGAGGAAGAGCUCUCGCGGCUGAAGAGCGAGGUGAACGAGGCCAUCCAGAGGAGGAAGGAGCUGGAGGAGGAGCUGGCCAAGCUGCGGGCCGAGAUGGAGGUCCUACUGGAGAGCAAGGCCAAGACAGAGGAGGAGUCGCGCUCCAGCAGUGAGAAGACAAAGCAGCGGCUGGAGGCGGAGGCCAGCAAGUUGCGGGAGCUGGCUGAGGAGGCCGCCCGCCUGCGUGCCCUCUCUGAGGAAGCCAAGCGGCAGCGACAGCUGGCAGAGGAAGAGGCCGGCCGGCAGCGGGCCGAGGCCGAGCGCAUCCUGAAGGAGAAGCUGGCGGCCAUCAAUGAGGCUUCACGGCUGAAAGCGGAGGCAGAGAUUGCGCUGAAGGAGAAGGAGGCGGAGAACGAGCGUCUGCGGCGGCUGGCGGAGGACGAGGCCUACCAGCGCAAGCUGCUGGAGGAGCAGGCGGCUCAGCACAAGCAGGACAUCGAGGAGAAGAUCGCCUUGCUGAAGCGCUCCUCCGAGAGUGAGCUGGAGCGGCAGAAGGGGCUGGUGGAGGACACGCUGCGGCAGCGGAGGCAGGUGGAGGAGGAGAUCCGCGCACUUAAGGCCAGCUUCGAAAGGGCGUCAGCUGGAAAGAGCGAGCUAGAGCGGGAGCUAAACCGCAUCCGUGGGGAGGCGGAGGAGGUGCAGCGCAGCCGGGAGCAGGCGGAGCGGGAGGCUGAGAGGCAGCGGGCACUGGCACUGGAGGAGGAAGGCCGGCGGCGCGAGGCCGAGGAGAAGGUUCAGGCCAUCCUGGCGGCUGAGGAGGAGGCUGGGCGGCAGCGGCGAUUGGCCUUGGAGGAGGUGGAGCGGUUGCGGGCCAUGGUGGAAGAGGCGCGGCGGCAGAAGGAGCUGGCCGAGAAGGAGUCGGAGCGGCAGAUCCAACUGGCACGGGAGGCGGCGCAGAAGCGGAUCGCGGCGGAGGAGAAGGCUCACCUGGCCGCCGUGCAGCAGAAGGAGCAGGAGCUGCUGCAGACGCGGCAGCAGGAGCAGAGCCUCCUGGACCGGCUGCGUGAGGAGGCCGAACGGGCCCGGCGGGCUGCCGAGGAGGCUGAGUUUGCCCGUGGCAAGGCCGAGCAGGACGCCAGCCUGUCCCGGCAGCGUGUGGAGGAAGCCGAGCGGCUGAAGCAGCGGGCAGAGGAGGAGGCACAGGCCAAGGCGCAGGCACAGGCGGACGCAGAGAAGCUUCGGAAGGAGGCUGAGCUGGAGGCAGCGAAGCGGGCGCAGGCGGAGCAGGCGGCCCUGCGGCAGAAGCAGCUGGCCGACGCCGAGAUGGAGAAGCACAAGAAAUUUGCUGAGCAGACGCUGCGGCAGAAGGCGCAGGUGGAGCAGGAGCUGACCAAGGUGAAACUGCAGCUGGAUGAGACAGACCAUCAGAAGGGCAUCCUGGACGAGGAGCUGCAGCGGCUGAAGGAGGAGGUGACGGAUGCCGUCCGGCAGAAGGCCCAGGUGGAGGAGGAGCUCUUUAAGGUCCGGGUGCAGAUGGAGGAGCUGGCCAAGCUGAAGAACCGGAUUGAGGAGGAGAACAAGCUGCUGAUCCUCAAGGACAAGGACAACACACAGAAGUUCCUGGCGGAGGAGGCUGAGAAGAUGAAGCAGGUGGCAGAGGAGGUGGCUCGGCUGAGUGUGGAGGCGCAGGAGGCCGCCCGCUUGCGGCAGCUGGCUGAGGAUGACCUGGCACAGCAGCGGGCACUGGCGGAGAAGAUGCUGAAGGAGAAGAUGCAGGCGGUGCAGGAGGCCACACGGCUGCGGGCCGAGGCUGAGGUGCUGCAGAAACAGAAGGACCUGGCGCAGGAACACGCCAAGCGGCUGCAGGAGGACAAGGAGCAGAUGCAGCAGCGCCUGGCUGAGGAGACCGAAGGCUUCCAGAAGACACUGGAGGCCGAGCGUCGGCGGCAGUUGGACAUCACGGCUGAGGCUGAGCGCCUCAAAGUGCAAGUGGCGGAGAUGAGCAUGGCCCAGGCCAAGGCUGAGGAGGAAGCCAAGCGGUUCAAGAAGCAGGCAGAGGAGAUCAGUGAGAGGCUGCAUGAGACAGAGCUGGCCACGCAGGAGAAGAUGACGCUGGUGCAGACCCUGGAGAUCCAGAGGCACCAGAGCGAUGAGGAUGCGGAGAAGCUGCGGAAGGCCAUUGCCGACCUGGAGAAGGAGAAGGAGAAGCUGAAGCAGGAGGCAGCACUACUGCAGCAGAAGGCAGAGGAGAUGCAGGUGGCCCAGCAGGCUCAACUCCGUCAGGAGACACAGCUCCUCCAGCAGAGCUUCCUGACGGAGAAGGAUGCCCUGCUGCAGAAGGAGAAGUUCAUUGAGGAGGAGAAAUUGAAGCUGGAGAAGCUCUUUAAGGAUGAGGUGAACAAAGCCCAGAACCUGAAGGCAGAGCAGGAGAGGCAGCAGCAGGAGAUGGAGCAGGAGAAGCAACAGUUGAAAGCCAUGUUGGAUGAAGCCAAGAAGCAUCAAAAAGAAGCUGAGGAAAAUGUCCGGCACAAGCAGGAGGAGCUGCAGCAGCUUGAGAGGCAGAGGCAGCAGCAGGAGAAACUUCUGGAAGAGGAGAACAAGAAGCUGAGGGAGAGGCUUGAGCAGAUGCAGGAGGAGUACAAGGCAGCCCUGGCCCAGAGACGGGAGAUCAUGAUCCAGACGGACGACCUGCCCGGGGAGGCUGCAGUUACGACGACACAGCUGCUGGACAUGAAGGCUGUGCCCAACGGCCGGGACGCGAUGGACGGCUUAGCUCAGAAUGGGGAGCCAGAGUUUGCUUUCGACGGCAUUCGGCAGAAGGUGUCAGCAGAGAAGCUGGCUGAUGCUGGCAUUCUGAGCAGAGAGAACUUGGACAAGUUGUCGAAGGGAGCUGUGAGUGUGGGCGAGCUCUCGCAGAGGGAGGACAUCAAGAAGUACCUGCAAGGCAAGAGCAGCAUUGCUGGUUUGCUGAUCAAACCCACUAACCAGAAGAUGAGCAUCUACGAAGCCAUGAAGAAGAAGCUGCUCAGCCCAGGCACAGCGCUGGUGCUUCUGGAGGCUCAGGCUGCCUCUGGCUUCAUCAUCGAUCCUGUGCGGAAUGUGAGGCUCUCGGUGAAUGAGGCGGUGCGAGAGGGUGUGAUCGGGCCAGAGCUGCACAACAAGAUGCUGUCGGCUGAGCGGGCUGUCACCGGCUACAAGGAUCCAUAUACAGGGGACAAGAUCUCCCUCUUCCAGGCCAUGACGAAGGAUCUCAUCGUCAGGGAUCAUGGCAUCCGCCUGCUCGAGGCCCAGAUCGCCACCGGUGGCAUCAUCGACCCCGUGCACAGCCACCGCCUGCCCGUGGAAGCAGCCUACAAACGUGGCUACUUCGAUGAGGAGAUGAACCAGGUCCUGUCUGAUCCCACUGAUGACACCAAGGGCUUCUUUGAUCCCAACACUCAGGAGAACCUCACCUACCUGCAGCUCAUGGAGCGGUGUGUGACUGACCCGGACACAGGGCUGUGCCUCCUGCCACUCACUGACCAGGCAGCCAAAGCGAGGGAGCUGGUCUACACUGACAAGGAAGCCAAGGACGUCUUCAAGAAGGCCACGGUGACAGCGCCAUUUGGCAAGUUCCAAGGGAAGACAAUGACCAUCUGGGAGCUCAUCAACUCUGAAUACUUCACUGAGGACCAAAGGCGAGACCUGAUCCAGCAGUACAGGACUGGCAAGAUCACAGUGGAGAAGAUCAUCAAGAUCAUCAUCACGGUUGUGGAGGAAAGCGAGAAAAAGAGCCAGAUGUGCUUUGAGGGCCUGCGGGCGCCCGUGCCCGCUGCUGAGCUGCUGGAAAGCAAAAUCAUCAACAAGGACCUCUACAACCAACUGCACCAGGGCAAGAAAUCCGUGAAAGAUGUGGCAGAGAUGGAGUCUGUGCAGCAGUACCUGAAGGGCACAGAUGCCAUUGCCGGUGUCCUGGUGGAGUCAACGGGCCAGAAGCUCACCUUCUAUGAGGCCUUGAAGAGAAACCUGCUGAAGCCAGAGGUUGCCCUCUCCCUGCUGGAGGCACAAGCUGCCACUGGCUACAUCAUUGACCCCGUGGGGAACAAGCUCUUCUCUGUGGACGAGGCAGUGAAGGCUGAGGUGGUGGGACCAGAGUUCCACGAGAAGCUGCUGUCGGCGGAGAAGGCGGUGACCGGCUACAAGGAUCCCUACACAGGCCAGACGGUUUCCCUCUACCAAGCGCUCAAGAAGGGUCUCAUCCCCAGUGACACUGGGCUCCGGCUGCUGGACGUCCAGCUUGCCACUGGCGGCAUCAUCGACCCUGUCAAGAGCCACCGGCUCCCACUCGAGGUCGCCUACAAGCGCGGCUACUUCGACCCGGAGAUAAACGAGGCUCUGACUGAGCUCCGAGAUGACGCCAAGGCUUUCUACUGCCCCAACACCCAGGAACACCUCACCUAUGCCCAGCUGCAGAAGAGCUGCCACCGUGAUAAGCAGACUGGCCUGUGCCUGCUGCCCCUCUCUGACAAGGCCAUCCAGUCGCAGCAGGAGGAGGUCUACACAGACAGCCAGGCCAAGGAGUGCUUUGACAAGACCACCAUAGAGGUGCCAGUGGGCAGCAUGAAGGGCCGGACGAUGACCAUCUGGGAUCUGAUCCACUCUGAGUACUUCACAGAGGAGCACAGGCGGGAGCUCCUCCGACAGUACAAAACCGGCAAAGUGACCAUCGAAAAGAUCAUCAAGAUCGUGAUCACCAUCAUUGAGGAGGUGGAGACCAAAAAGCAGGAGAAGCUGACGUUCAGUGGUCUGCGGGCGCCAGUGCCGGCCAGCGAGCUGCUGGAGUCCCGCAUUAUCAGCAAGGCCCAGUACGAGCAGCUGAAGGAAGGCAAGAAGACGGUGAAGGACCUCUCUGAGACAGAUGCAGUGAGGAGGUUCCUGCAUGGUGGUGGCUGCAUUGCUGGCGUCUAUGUGGAGGCCACCAAGGAGAAGCUGAACAUCUACGAGGCCAUGAAGAGAAACCUGCUGAUGCCCAGCACCGCUGCAGUCCUCCUGGAGGCCCAGGCAGCCACUGGGUUCUUGAUUGAUCCCGUGAAGAACCGUAAACUGUACGUCAACGAGGCGGUGAAGGCUGGUGUUGUUGGGCCUGAGCUACACGAGAAGCUGCUGUCAGCUGAGAAGGCUGUCACCGGCUACAAGGACCCCUACUCGGGCGACACCAUCUCCCUCUUCCAGGCCAUGAAGAAAGGGCUCAUUGUCAGGGAUCACGGCAUCCGCCUGCUCGAGGCCCAGAUCGCCACCGGUGGCAUCAUCGACCCCGUGCACAGCCACCGCCUGCCCGUGGAGGUGGCCUACCAGCGCGGCUACUUCGAUGAGGAGAUGAACCGGACGCUCUCCGACCCCACUGAUGACACCAAGGGCUUCUUUGACCCCAACACUCAGGAGAACCUCACCUAUCUGCAGCUGAAGGAGAGGUGCAUCGAGGAUCCCGAGACGGGCCUGUACCUGCUGCCUCUGCGGGAGCCCGAGAAGCCAAAAGUGGUGGAGACCACCCAGCUUUACACAGAGGCAGAGACACGGAAGGUGUUUGAGGAGACGCAGGUGGACAUCCCUGUGGGGAGCCGGGCGGGCUCCUCCAUGUCGCUGUGGGAGAUCAUGCACUCGGACCUGCUGCCCGAGGAGCAGCGGAAACAGCUCAUGGAGGAGUUCCAGUCAGGCCGCGUGUCCAAGGAGCGCAUGAUCAUCAUCAUCAUCGAGAUCAUCGAGAAGACUGAGAUCAUCCGGCAGCAGAACCUCAUGUCCUAUGACUACGUCCGGCGCCGCAUCACGGCUGAGGACCUCUACGAGGCCAAGAUUAUCUCUCAGGACAUUUACAACCUGCUGAAGCAGGGCUCCAAAACCUUCCGGGAGCUCCUGGAAGUGGAGACUGUCUGGAAAUACCUCUAUGGGUCAGGCUGUGUGGCUGGCAUCUACAUCCCCUCCUCCAAGCAGACACUCAGCAUCUACCAGGCACUGAGGAAAGGGCUGAUCAACUCUGAAGUGGCCCGCUCUCUCCUGGAGGCCCAGGCAGCCACCGGCUUCAUGAUCGACCCAGUGAAGAAUGAGAUGCUGACGGUCGAUGAGGCAGUCAGGAAGGGCGUGGUGGGGCCUGAGAUCCACGACCGGCUCCUGUCUGCAGAGAGAGCUGUGACCGGCUACAGGGAUCCCUACAGCGAACAGAAGAUCUCCCUCUUCCAGGCCAUGAAGAAGGAUCUCAUUCCCAGCGAAGAGGCCCUCAAGCUCCUGGACGCCCAGAUCGCGACUGGCGGUGUCAUCGACCCACACCUGGGCUUCCACCUGCCCCUGGAGGUGGCCUACCAGCGGGGCUUCAUCAACAAGGAGACGUACGACAUGCUCUCGGAGCCCAGCGAGGUGCGCAGCUACGUGGACCCUUCCACGGAUGAGAAGCUCAGCUACACACAGCUGCUGAAGCGCUGCCGGAAGGAUGAGAACUCCAGGCUCCUCCUGCUCCCGCUCUGUGACACACGGAAACUCACCUUCCGGGGGCUGCGGAAGCAGAUCACUGUGGAGGAGCUUGUCCGUUCGCAGGUGAUGGAUGAAGCCACAGCCCAGCGCCUUCAAGAGGGCCUCACCUCCGUUGAGGAGGUCUCCAAGAACCUCAAGAAGUUCCUGGAGGGCACCAGCUGCAUUGCUGGCGUCUUUGUGGACUCUACAAAGGAGCGUCUGUCUGUCUACCAGGCCAUGAAGAAGGGGAUCAUCCGGCCUGGCACUGCCUUCGAGCUCCUGGAGGCGCAGGCAGCCACGGGCUAUGUGAUCGACCCCAUCAAGGGCCUCAAGCUGACAGUGGAGGAAGCUGUGCGGAUGGGCAUCGUGGGCCCCGAGUUUAAGGACAAGCUGCUCUCUGCCGAGAGGGCCGUCACCGGCUACCGGGACCCUUACACUGGAAAGCUUAUCUCCCUCUUCCAGGCCAUGAAGAAGGGUCUGAUCCUGAAGGACCACGGGAUCCGCUUGCUGGAGGCGCAGAUCGCCACGGGAGGCAUCAUUGACCCCGAGGAGAGCCACCGUCUGCCCGUGGAGGUGGCCUACAAGAGGGGCCUCUUUGACGAGGAGAUGAAUGAGAUCCUGCUGGACCCCAGCGAUGACACCAAGGGCUUCUUUGACCCCAACACAGAGGAGAACCUCACCUACCUGCAGCUCAUGGAGCGGUGCAUCACUGACCCAGAGACCGGCCUCUGCCUCCUGCCCCUGAAGGAGAAGAAGCGGGAGAGAAAGACUUCUUCCAAGUCCUCCGUCCGCAAGCGUCGGGUGGUGAUCGUCGACCCGGAGACGGGCAAGGAGAUGUCUGUCUAUGAAGCCUAUCGCAAGGGCCUCAUUGACCACCAGACCUACCUGGAGCUGUCAGAGCAGGAGUGCGAAUGGGAAGAAAUCACCACCUCCUCCUCCGAUGGUGUGGUGAAGUCAAUGAUCAUUGACAGGCGCUCAGGGCGCCAGUAUGACAUCGACGAUGCCAUCAGCAAGGGCCUGAUUGACCAGUCGGCCCUGGACCAGUACCGCUCAGGCACCCUCUCCAUCACCGAGUUUGCUGACAUGCUCUCCGGCAACAUGGGUGGCUUCCGGUCGCGGUCAUCCUCAGUGGGAUCCUCCUCCUCCUACACUACUGUCAGCCCAGCCCUGACACGGACCCAGAUCUCCAUGUGGACCGACCCAACUGAGGAGACCGGGCCAGUGGCGGGCAUCCUGGACACAGACACUCUCGAGAAGGUGUCCAUCACAGAGGCGAUGCGCCGCAACCUGGUAGACAACAUCACGGGGCAGCGGCUGCUGGAGGCCCAGGCCUGCACUGGGGGCAUCAUCGACCCCAGCACUGGCGACAAGUGCUCCGUCGCUGACGCAGUCAACAAGGGCCUGGUUGACAAGAUCAUGGUGGACCGCAUCAACCUGGCACAGAAGGCCUUCUAUGGCUUCGAGGACCCGCGGACCAAGACGAAGAUGUCGGCGGCACAGGCGCUGAAGAAGGGCUGGCUGUACUAUGAGGCUGGGCAGCGGUUCCUGGAGGUGCAGUACCUGACAGGGGGCCUGAUCGAGCCCGACACUGCGGGCCGUGUCUCCCUGGAUGAGGCACUGCAGAAGGGCACCAUUGAUGCACGCACCGCCCAGAAGCUGCGGGAUGUCAAUACCUACUCCAAGUACCUCACCUGCCCUAAGACCAAGCUCAAGAUCUCCUACAAGGACGCCAUGGACCGGAGCAUGAUCGAGGAUGGGACCGGCCUGCGGCUGCUGGAGGCCUCCUCCCAGUCCAGCAAGGGCUACUACAGCCCCUACAAUGUCAGCAGUGCCGGCUCCACCUCUGGAUCCCGCUCAGGCUCCCGCACCGGCUCCCGCUCAGGCUCCCGGCGCGGCAGCUUCGAUGCCACCAGCUCCGGCUUCUCUAUGACCUUCUCUUCCUCAUCCUACUCCUCCUCAAGCUUCGGGCGCAGAUAUGCCGUGGGUCCCCAGGGCGCUGUGGAGGCAGCUGCUCUAGCCCUUGCCCUCACCCUGGCUGCAUCUGGGAGCUGUGGGCAGGAGGCGAGCGGGGAGCACCCCGGGGUGUGUGGGCCUCCACUCCACGUGCCCUGGCUUCAUGGUGCACCACACUGCAGCUGGCAUGCCGGAGGAGGACAUCGCGGGCUCCCCGGCACCAGACAGCCAGACACACCACGCCGGCCCUGGAGCUGCUGCCUGGACCCCUUCCACCCACCCUCAGCGUGGCGAGGAGGGGCUCUGCGCCCAGCCCCCCAGCUGCCCCAUCUCCCUGCCUUGGCCUCCCGGCACGUCCCGCCACUGCACCGCGGAGCCGGUGCCCUGACCACGUCUUUUUCCAGUCCCACCAAAGAUGUCCCGGUGCCGCUGGGUGAGCUCCUGAGCUGGGUCUCCGACAUCAGCAGGUCGUGGAUGGGCUCGAAGGGAGCCUGGGUGGCUGCAGCUGCUCGGCCGCGCUCACCGGCACAGACGCACCGCACUGCGAGGGACACCAGGCUCGCCGGGGAGAGCGUGCAGGGGUCAUCACCGGAUGGGGAGGACAUAGAGAGAGCCCGGCCGCGGUCAGAACGGAAUCUGGAGGUGCAGGAGCAGCUGCUGGCCCUGCGGCACUGGCUGGACGCAGUGGAGAAGCGGCUGACGAUUCUGCCGGAGCCCGGCACGGCCCCACAGGUGUCCCCGCGGGCCGUCCCUGUCCCAGAGGAGAUGGCGGGCGCGGAGCGGGCCCAGGAGACGCUAGAGGGCUUGCUGGCCUGGGUGGCCGACAUGGAGGAGCUGGUGAGCAACCAGAAGCCGCCGUCGGCGGAGGCGAAGGUGGCGAAGGCGCAGCUGGAGGAGCAGAAGCUCCUGAAGCGGCUGCUGGAGGAGCGAAGGCCACGUGUGGAGCUCGUCCUGCAGGACAGACUGUCGGACAGACUGAGGGCGCGUGGCACCAGCACGGCGGUGCCUGAGGACAGUGCCAGCCUCUUCGACCUCAGGGAGAGGUGGGACAAGCUGAUGCAGGAGGCUGAAGCCAGAUAUGGCCACCUGGAGCGGAUCCUGCCGGCAGCUCAGGGCUUCCAGGAGGCUGUGGAUGCCUUUCAGGAGUGGCUCAGUGCCACGGAGCGACAGCUGGCCCAGCUCUGGCGUACCGAUGGCUGCGUCAGCCGUGUGCAGGAUGCCCACCGGCAGACCCAGGCCCUCUGUGAGGAGAUCCGCGGGCGGCUGGGAGAGCUGGACAGUGCCCUGGAGAGAGGGCAGCAGGUCCUGGAGAUGGUGACAGGGGAGGAGGCCCAGCUGGUACAGGAGAAGAUGGAGUCGCUGAGGAUGCGGUACCUCAUCGUGGGCCAGAGCAGCACCGACACUGCACAUCGGCUGGGGCAGACCCUGGAGGCCUCAUCCCUCCUGGGCACGGCCCCUGAGGACCUGGCGCUAUGGCUGGGCCGCAUGGAGAAGGAGCUGGGCAAGCGGGAGAGCCAGGAUGAUGGUCAGGAGCCCCUGGUCAGCGCCGGUGACAGGGAGAAGUUUGAGCAGGUGCUGGAGUCUCAGCUUGCCCGUGUGACUGGGCUGGGUGAGCGGCUGGAGGAGAUCGGCCGUGUGCAGCUGGACUCCGAGGCUCUCAGCUCACAGCUCUCCGAGCAGAAGCUGCUCUCUGCUGAGGUCCUGCACUGCCGGGGCCUGGUUGAGCGUCUGCUGGGGAUCUCAGACCCACUGCUGCACUGUUGCCCUGAGCCCCUGCGGCAGCGCCUCCAGCCAUCAGUGCAGGCGCUGCGGGAGCGCACGGAGCAGCUCUCCCUGCGCAGCGGCGCCUGUGCCGUGCAGCUGGAGCAUGCCCAGUCCCUGCUCACCCAGUUCUCUGAAGCACUCGAGGAGCUGCUGCCCUGGCUGGAGGAGACACAGGCCCUGGGGGUGCAGCUCUCCCCCAGUGCCAUCAGCUAUGAGGCCUUCAAGGAGCAGCAGGCACUGCUGCAGAGUCUGCGGGAGGCCAUCGCUGAGCACCGGCCGCUGGUGGGGAAGCUUCAGCGCGUGUCAGCGCAGCUGGUGGAGCUGAGCCCAGAGCAGGGAGCCCCGUUCCAGCGGCGCUGGCAGGAGGCUGAGGAGCAGUACGGCUGCAUCCGCGAGCGUGUGCGCCAGGCAGCGGCUCUGCUGGAGGAUGCCCUGCCGCGAUACAGCCAGCUGACAGAGCGCAUGGACCUGCUGCUGGAGUGCCUGGAGCGGCUGCAGAGCCGGCUGCAGAGCCAGCCCCCCGUCCGCGGGGAUGCGGCCCACCUGCGGGAGCAGAUCCGGGAGAACAGCCUGGCCCUGGGCGAGCUGGAGAAGCUAGGGGUGGCCUUGGAGGGCAUCCAGGAGCAGGGCAGAGAGCUGCUGGCCACCAUGCAGGCAGUCAGCUCCGACGCCGCAGCCAAAGGGAUCCAGGAGCGCACAGAGCAGCUGCUGUUGCAGUGGGGCUCCCUGCGCGGCCGCUGCCAGGAGCAGGAGCGGUGGCUGCGGGAGCUGCUGGCACUGGCUGAGCGCUUCUGGCACGGCCUGUCCGAGCUGGUGCUGGCACUCAGUGACACCCAGCAGCUGGUGCUGGGGCUGGAGGAGGCUGACGGGGAGCCCGAGGCCAUCCGCACACGGCUGCGCACCAUGCAGGCGCUGCGGGAAGAGAUCGAUGCCCUGCAGGGCGAGCUGGACACGCUGGGCAGCCUGGGCGUGGAGUUGAUGGCCUCCUGCGGAGACCCUGACAAGCCUGAUGUCACCAAGAGCCUGGACGAUCUCUACUCCUCCUGGCACAGCCUGAGCCGAGUGUGGACGGAGCGGAAUGGGCGCCUUGAGGAGCAGCUUCAGGCCGCCCUCAGCUACCAGGACACGAUGCAGCGGCUGCUGGAGUGGCUGGACACGGCUGAGCUGCGCAUUGCUGAGGAGUUCCUGGUCGGCGGGGACCUGGACAUGGUGCAGCAGCAACUGGCAGAGCUCAAGGAGUUCAAGCGGGAGCUGUACCAGUGCAAGGUGGAUGUGGAGAGCCUGCGGCACCACGGGGGCACAGGGCAGGGGGACCCCCCAGCUGCACUCAGUGACUUCCGCCAGCGCUGGGACCACCUGGAGGAGGAGAUCGUCAGCCGACAGCACCAGCUGGAGGCGGCGCUGCUGGGGCUGGGGCAGUUCCAGCACCAACUGGCCGAGCUGCUGCAGUGGCUGAGCUGCACCGGGGAGCAGCUGCGCGGCCCCGCGCCCCUGCGCCCUGACCUGCAGAGCUGCGAGAUCGAGCUGGCCAAGCACAAGGUGCUGCGGACAGAUGUGAUGUCCCACGCCCGCACGGUGCAGUCAGUGACCGAGGCCGGGCAGGGGCUGCUGCUGUCCAGCCUGGGGGAGAGCGUGGAGGGGCUGCAGCGCAGCCUCCAGCAGCUGGGCCAGCACUGGGACCUGGUGCGCAGUGAGACCGAGAGCCGGCAGCUGGAGCUGGAGAACAACCUCAGCCAGGUGCAGGACAUCACACUGGAGAUCACGGAGCUGCUGCAGUGGCUGGAGCAGGUGGAGUUGCAGCUCUUCUGCUCCAAACCGGCCUGGGGCCACCCGGAUGCCACCAAAGAGAAGCUCAAUGCACACCUGGAGCUGUGCCGGGAGCUGGAGGCGCGGGCGGUGUCGUACCGGGGGCUGCGGGAGCGGCUGCAGCGGCUGCUGGAGUCGUGCCGCGCCGGGCGGCCCUGCAGCACCGAGCACAGCCUGCGGCUCCUGGAGCAGAAGUGGGAGAGCGUCCAGGCCGAGGCCCAGGAGAGGAAGGAGCGCCUGGCCGAGGGGCUGACGGUCACCACCGAAUUCCACGGCUCUGCCCAGGAGCUGCUGCGCUGGGUGGCCCACGCCGAGGAGCUGCUGGAGUCCCCGGCACCGCCCAGCUUCGUCUUCGACACCGUCACCGCCCAGAUCCAGGAGCACAAGGCCCUGGUGAAGGAGGCGAAUGCCUAUGGGGAGAAGCUGGGUGGCUUGGAGGCCGUGGCCGCACGCCUGAAGGAUUUCAGCCGCAAGCAGGAUGGUGCUGUCAUCCAGAACCUGGUGCUGGCAGCACGGGAGCGCCUGGGCAAGGUGCUGCAGAGGGCAGCUGAGAGGGGGGCAGCACUGGAGGAGGCACGAAAGCGCAGCAAACAGUUCAGCGAGUCCCGGCGGCUGCUCCUGGACUGGAUGGAUGAGGUGGAGCAGAGCCUGGAGGUGCCACAGGAUGCUCCCACCAGCCAGGAGGAGAUCAAGUGCCAGCUGGCUGAGCACAAGGCGUUCCAGAAGGUGCUGCGGGCGAAGCGGCCGGUGUAUGAGGCGACCCUGCGGAGCGGGCGGGCGCUGCGGGAGGGGGCCCGGCUCCCCCAGGACCUGCAGCCUCUGGAGGAGUUGCUGGGAGAGCUCAAGGAGCGCUGGGAUGCGCUGUGCAGCCGUGCUGCAGAGAGGCAGCACAAGCUGGAGGAGAAUCUGCUCUUCUCGGGCAAGUUCACGGACGCGCUGCAGGCCCUCAUGGACUGGCUGUACCGUGCCGAGCCGCAGCUCAGCGAGGACGUGCCUGUCGGAGGGGACCGGGACCUGGUCGGGGACCUCAUGGACAAGCACAAGGUGUUCCAGAAGGAGCUGGGCAAGCGUGCCAGCUGCAUCAGACUGCUGAAGCGCUCGGUGCGGGAUCUGACGCGUGGUAGCAGCAGCGUGGACUCGCAGUGGCUGCAGAGGCAGGUGGAGGAGCUCAGCACCCGCUGGGACCUGGUCUGCAAACUCUCCCUGUCCAAGCAGGCCCGGCUGGAGGCUGCACUGCGGCAGGCAGAGGAGUUCCACACCCUGGUGCACUCCUUCCUGGGGCGCCUCUCCGAGUCGGAGAAGACCCUCAAGUACGGCGUCUUCCCCGAGGAGGAGGCGGCUGUGCAAGAGUGCCAGAGCCAGCUACAGGAGCUGAUGCAGUCCCUGCAGUGCCAGCAGCUGGAGCUGGAGUGCAUCACCUCGCUGGGGGAGGAGAUCCUCACCACCUGCCACCCCGACUCUGUCAUCACCAUCAAGUCCUGGGUCACGGUUGCCAAGAGUCGCUUCCAGGAGGUGCUGAGCUGGGCCCAGCAGCAGGGCGAGCGGCUGCGGGCACAGGCGGCCGUGCUGGCGGCCGAGCGGGAGGAGACGGCGCAGCUCAUGGACUGGAUCACGGCGGCCGAGGAGGCCCUGGGGCUGCGGGACCAGGAGCUGCUGCCGGAGGAGGCCGAGCAGCUGGAGGAGCUCAUUGCUCAGCACGCGGUGUUCAUGGAGGAGCUGAACCGCAAGCAGCCUGACGUGGAGAAGGUCACCAAAAGCUGCAAGCGGAAGCUGGCGGUGGAUCUGGCCCCUCCGGCCGCCCGCCGGCUGGCCACACGGCGCCGCAGCAGUGGGAAGGCACAGGGUGCGGCAGCAGUGCCGCUCGGGGGGCUGGAGCCCCAGACACCCCUCAUGGCCCAGCUCCUGCACCGCUGGCAGCAGCUCUGGCUGCUGGCCCUGGACCGGCAGUACCGGCUGGAGACGGCCCUGCAGCGCCUGCGGGAGCUGGAGGAGUUCGCACACUUUGACUUUGGGGUCUGGAGGAAGCGCUACAUGCAGUGGAUCAGCCAGAUGAAGUCCCGUGUCCUGGAUGUUUUCCGUGGCAUCGACAGGGACCAGGACGGGCGCAUCAGCCAGCGGGAGUUCAUCGAGGGCGUCCUCGCCUCCAAGUUCCCCACCAACGUCCUGGAGAUGAAUGCCGUGGCCACCAUCUUCGACAUGAACGGCGACGGCUUCAUCGACUACUAUGAGUUCGUCAGUGCUCUGCACCCCAACCGCGACCCUCUGCGCCGCUCUGCCGACGCCGACCAGAUCCAGGAUGAGGUGAACAGGCAAGUGGCCCAGUGCAACUGUGCCAAGCGCUUCCAGGUGGAGCAGAUCAGCGCCAACAGGUACCGGUUCGGGGAGUCCCAACAGCUGCGGAUGGUGCGGAUCCUGCGCAGCACCCUCAUGGUGCGGGUCGGUGGGGGCUGGAUCGCCCUGGAUGAGUUCCUGGUGAAGAACGACCCCUGCAGAGUGAAGGGAAGGACCAACCUGAAGAUCAACGAGAAGUACCUGUCCCCGGACACCUUCGGGGCCACCGCCAGGUGUGCGGGGAACCAGUCGGCUGCCUCCUCCAAAGUGCUGUCCCCGAGCCGCUCCAACUCCAGCCUCAGCCUCUACAGUAGCGCCUCGGCCCCUAGCAGCCCCCUGGCCAGGAAGUCGGUGCUGCGGAGGACGCGCUCCGGUGAUCGGUGUCCGCGCUCCCGCGGCUCCGGGCUGCCCGACGGGGCCGAGCUGCAGUUCAGCGCGGCCGAGGAGAGCCUGGCUGUGGCACUCCCAGAGCCGCCCGAAGGGUCCCCCCCGGAGCGCUGCAGCCCCUGCCGCUGACCCCCGCGCCUGCCCUGCGCCAGCACCCUCGGCCGGCCCCACUCAGGACCCUCCUCCCCGAGGCUGGAGGACGGCGAAGCCGCGGCCGUGCGCCCCGCGGGGCUGCGGUCCGGCGCUGCGGCUCUCCGAGCGGGGCUGAGCUGUCUCCGAUCCCGCCGGGACUGGCCCCGACGGAUAUGCAAGUAUCCCCUGACACCCACCAAGCCCCCGGGCGCUGACCUCCUUCCCCACGGCUCUAUCGGGCAGCGCGGGGUGGGGGGGCCGAGCCCCAGUGCCCCACUCGAGUUCCCGGGGCUGUGGGUCCAGCCGGGCAUCCCCGCGCUGGGCCCUGCGCCUCUCCCGUGCCGUCAGCUCGGGGUGGCUGCGGUGCCCCCUGGUAUUUGGCGUUGUUGACGGGGGUCUCCCACUCUGGUGCCCACGCCCCGGCGGGAGGUGGCCGGGCUCGGUACCCGGGCCCCGGGCCCCCUGGCCGGGCGCCGAGCCCCGUUUCUGGUGCUAACCCUCACCCCUCUGCCUUCGGUGUGUGCGCGGGGGGGCCCGGCUCCGGUCGGCCCCCGCCCCGGUGGGGCUGGGGCUGCCACGGACGGGGAUCCCUCGCGCCCGCGCCCCCGCCCUGCCGGCGGCCCCGGCGGGCAGCGGGACCCCCGCCCUGCUGCCGCAUGCUCACGCACCCCGCUAACCGGACAGCAGUAGAGCUGAAUGUAACCCCGGCCGGGCCCGCCCACCCGCCGCCACAAUAAACUGUAGUGAGAUUCCUUUUUCUAUGA